AGUGACGUAACACUUGCGCACGGUCCUUCGCUGCGGCUCUGCAGACCUUCUCUUCGACGCCGUCCCCUGUGCUGGGUGUUGUCGCGUAGCGGCAAGUUCCGCAGCCAGGGUUCCGGCCCGCGAGCGCCUGGCAGCCGUCCGCUUUUUUCACCGGAGCCAUGGCCACAGCCGGCGGGCCAGAAGCUACUGGACGCUCUCUCCUCAGCCUCCUCUUGCUUCUGCUGAUCACUGGCCCUGCCCUCGCCUGGAACGACCCUGACAGAAUAUUAUUGCGGGAUGUAAAAGCUCUUACCCUCCACCACGACCGCUAUACCACUUCCCGUAGGCUGGAUCCGAUCCCACAGUUGAAAUGUGUUGGAGGCACAGCUGGAUGUGAUUCUUAUACCCCAAAAGUCAUACAAUGUCAGAACAAAGGUUGGGAUGGUUAUGAUGUACAGUGGGAAUGUAAGACUGAUUUAGAUAUUGCGUAUAAAUUUGGAAAAACUGUAGUGAGCUGUGAAGGCUAUGAAUCCUCUGAAGACCAAUAUGUACUAAGAGGUUCCUGUGGCUUGGAGUAUAAUUUAGAUUACACAGAACUUGGCCUGAAGAAACUGAGAGAGUCUGGAAAAAACUAUGGCUUUAACUCUUUCUCUGAUUAUUAUAACAAGCUGUAUUCCUCAGAUUCCUGUGGCAUCAGUGGAUUGAUUACCGUCAUAGUACUACUUGCUAUUGCUUUUGGAGUUUAUAAAUUGUUCCUUAGUGAUGGUCAAGAUUCUCCUCCCCCAUAUUCUGAGUAUCCUCCUUAUUCCCAUCGUUACCAGAGAUUCACCAACUCUGCAGGACCCCCUCCCGCAGGCUUUAAGUCUGACUUCACAGGACCACCUGGUGCAACUUCUGGUUUUGGCAGUGCUUUCACAGGACAACAAGGAUAUGGCAAUUCAGGACCUGGGUUCUGGACUGGCUUGGGAACUGGAGGAAUACUAGGAUAUUUGUUUGGCAGCAAUCGAGCAGCCACACCCUUUUCUGACUCGUGGUAUUACCCAUCUCCUCCUCCUUCGUCCUCCAGCAUGUGGAAUAGCCGUGCCUACUCGCCACUUCGUGGAGCCUCGGGUAGCUAUUCGGCAUAUGCAAGCUCAGAGACGAGAACCAGAACAGCAUCAGGAUAUGGUGGUACCAGAAGACGAUAAGAAAGUAAAAAGUUGAAGUCAAACGUUGGAUGCAAAAUUUCUGACUUUUCAUCAGUUUCUUAAAAAAAAAAAAAAAAGUGCUACCUGCUAACAACUGGGGAAAGGGGAAUAUGCAAAAGUUCUGUAGUUUUUUUUGUCCUGUAUUGCUUUUUGUGUUCUGUUACUUGAUAUGAUAUAUGAGAAAAUGCUUAUGUAGAGAACUGUAUGCUAGUGUAAUAUGCAGUUGUGUUUUAUGGUUUCUGAGAGUGAUGAUUGCCAUGGAAAGCUGAAAAUGUAUUUAAUUUCUAAAACCUGUGAUGCCAUUAAGACUGAGGCUUUCUUACCAUUAGAUCCUGCAUACAUAAAACGUCAAUCUUAA